ACUGAGUAUUAUGAUGGAAUGCCUGGAGCAAAAGGAAAUAAGGGCUUCUUAGGAUAUCCAGGACCUAAAGGUCAGCGUGGACCAAUAGGACUACAAGGUCCCUUGGGUGACAUUGGAAGUCCAGGUAUUUCAAGACCUGGUCUAAGUGGUGUGCCAGGUUCUCCAGGCCUCAAAGGAAAGAAAGGAGAGAGAGGACAACCAGGAAUUGAUGCUAUUGGACCACAAGGACAUCCUGGAUUUCCAGGCCCACCUGGCCCAGUAGGAUCAGUAGGUCCUUUAGGACAACCAGGUACAAUAACUUUUCAAAAAGGUCCACAAGGAAUUCCUGGGAGCCCAGGAUGUAUAGGUCCUCCAGGCCCAUUAGGAGAUGAUGGAGAAAAAGGUGAAGAAUCAGGCCCGUGUACCGAAUGUACUUAUAUUAUGGGACAACCUGGUCCUGCCGGUGUUGCUGGAGCAGAGGGUCAGCAGGGUAGGAAAGGUGUGGAAGGAAUACUUGGUCCUAAAGGAUCCCCAGGAUCUCCUGGGCAUACAGGGCCUCCUGGAGAUCAAGGAUUUCCAGGCCUUCCAGGAAGCCAAGGUCUUAAAGGAUCAAAAGGAGAUGCAAACUUAAUGCAUCCAGAAGGUCCCAAAGGAGAUAACGGAGAACCAGGAAUCAGAGGAAACACAGGAGAAAAAGGGUUGGAUGGAAUGCCUGGGAAACCUGGACAAAAAGGCAAAAAAGGUUCUGCUGGAACACAGGGGCCAGAUGGUCCAAAAGGUGACAGAGGAUUACCAGGAUCUGUUGGCAGCCCAGGUCUUCCUGGUAAGAUAGGAUUAACUGGACCACCAGGAUAUGGACCCCAAGGAAGGAAUGGUUCAAAAGGCCAUCAAGGAAAUCCUGGAUUGCCUGGGUUACCAGGUGUACCUGGUUCUAAAGGGGAGCCUGUUAGAGUAAAGGCAAUUCCUGGAACACCAGGGCUCCAAGGGCCAGAAGGUGCACCUGGACUACAAGGAAGAAGAGGUAAAAUGGGAUCCAGAGGACAAAGGGGCGACCCAGGUAUUCCUGGAAAAGAUGGGGAUCCAGGCUUAGCAGAGAAUGGAUUUCCUGGUUAUCCUGGUCAGAAAGGGGAUAAAGGAACUCAAGGGCCUAAAGGAAUACCUGGUUGUGUAGGAAAAGCAGGGAAACCAGGCUUACCUGGGAAACCGGGAGUGCCAGGAGAAAAGGGUGAACUAGGUCCAGUUAUUCCUGGACAGCAAGGAAGUUUUGGCUUACCAGGAGAUGAGGGAAAGUUGGGUGAAAAGGGUGAAAGAGGAUCAUCAGGUUUACCUGGAACUGCAGGUCAAAAAGGUUUUAAAGGGGCUGAUGGACCAAAAGGGGAGCUUGGAAGUCCUGGAGCUCCAGGAGAAAAAGGUCUUCCAGGAAAAAUGGGCCAAUGUCUCAUUGGUUUACCCGGGACACCAGGUCAAUGUGGAGUAAUGGGACCACGAGGUAGCAGAGGAACAAUAGGAGCCAAAGGAGAUCCAGGUAUUCCAGGAUUAGAUAUCCCAGGAUUUCCAGGACGAUUUGGACUUCCUGGAUUACAAGGCCCCGGGGGAAUUAAAGGUCUGCCUGGCAUCAACGGCCAGCGUGGUAAACCAGGAACGCCAGGCACACCAGGUUUCAGAGGAGAAAGAGGUUUGAUGGGACACGUGGGUAGCCCUGGAUUGCCUGGUGGUUCCGGAAAUCCAGGAAUCCCUGGAGGCAGAGGUUCUCCGGGCUUUCCAGGACCAAAAGGAAGGAAAGGAUCUUUUGGAGAAAAAGGUGAACCAGGAGAUAAAGGUCCUCCUGGGCUUCCAGAAUUCAAAGAGAUCUAUGGAGAUAAAGGAGAGAGAGGAAGUAAAGGACCUCCCGGAAGAACAGGGUUAAAGGGAGAAAAAGGUCAUCAAGGUGUGCAAGGAUGUGUGGGUCCGGUUGGACCACCAGGUACUCUUCGGCCACCAGGAGCUAAAGGAGCUAAAGGACUUUCAGGAAUUCCUGGAAUCUCUGGAUUGCCAGGAGUUCCAGGAGACAGAGGGGACAUGGGAAUGCCAGGUCAUAAAGGGGAGCAAGGUUCUUCAGGUGUGCCUGGAGCACCAGGUAUAGCAGGCCCACCUGGCUUUAAUGGUAUUCCAGGAGAUAAAGGAGAACCUAAACCUGGUACUGGGCCUCCAGGAAACCCAGGACCUAAGGGUAAUCCAGGUCUUCUUGGAGAGAGGGGAAGAAAAGGGGAGAGUGGAUCACAAGGCCACCCAGGUCUUAUUGGAGUACCUGGACUACCUGGAAACAGAGGGGAUACUGGUUUACCAGGAAUUACAGGACAACCAGGACCUGUGGGCAGUAAAGGUAGCAAAGGUAGCAAAGGACUGCCAGGACACAAUGGUGUUAGAGGAUCUCCAGGCCCAGUUGGAUUGCCUGGUGAAAAUGGAUUAGCUGGUGAAAAGGGUAAUCAAGGAUAUGAUGGUACUUAUGGUCCACCUGGAGAAACAGGAACACGAGGUUCACCAGGGCAACAAAUUCCUGGCCCUAAAGGACUUCCUGGAUCUAAAGGUAUCAAAGGAGAUAUGGGAGUAGCUGGUUUUCCAGGACCACAAGGCUUUAAAGGUGUCAUGGGAGACCAAGGACCUGGUGGACCUCCUGGCCUACCUGGACCACCAGGACCUCCAGGAAAACCAGGGAAAAUACUUAGCUCCAAAGGAAAUAGAGGUCCUCCUGGCCCAGAUGGAAAUCCAGGUGUUCGUGGUAGCCCAGGACUUGCUGGAGUCCCAGGCUACAGCAUAAAAGGAAACAAAGGUGUCCGAGGAACAGCUGGAACUCCAGGCCUGCCAGGAAUGAAAGGUGAUGAUGGCCCACCUGGUAUGCCAGGAAUUGAGGGUGUUCCUGGUUAUCAGGGCCUUGAUGGUGAACUUGGCUUUCCAGGAUUACCAGGAAUAAAAGGAGAAAAGGGCAAUCAGGGACCAUCUGGACCACCUGGAAUAGCAGGGCCUCGAGGGCCAACAGGACUACCUGGCCAGCCUGGACCAGUUGAGAAAGGAGUUUCCUUCCCAGGAAGCCCAGGACCUGCUGGACCUCCAGGAAACCCAGGAAUGUCAGGAGAUCCUGGUCCCCGUGGGCCACCUGGGCUCCCAGGACCUCCUGGUACAAUGGGCCAGUCAGGCCGUCAUGGUGCUCCAGGUAGAACUGGACCACCAGGACCCAAAGGAGAAAAGGGAUUUCAAGGGCAAAAAGGUUUACCUGGCUUGCUUGGAUCUCCUGGUACAAAGGGACUUCCUGGAUUCCCAGGAAGCUGCAUAACUAGUCCAGUGAAAAGAGGCUUCAUUUUUUCCCGGCACAGUCAGUCAACAAACAUUCCUACAUGUCCAUCUGGGACAACUCACAUCUAUAGUGGCUACUCUCUUCUUUUUGUUCAAGGAAAUGAACAAGCACACGGACAAGACCUCGGUACAACUGGUAGCUGUCUUUCAAGAUUUACUACAAUGCCCUUUUUAUUAUGUAAUACCCAAGCAGUAUGCAGAUUUGCUUCCCGCAAUGAUUACUCCUACUGGUUGUCAACAGAAACACCAAUGCCUGAAGAUAUGGCACCAAUUUCUGGAAGAGCUUUAGAGUCCUAUAUUAGCAGAUGCGUUGUCUGCGAAGGUCCAGCAAUGAUGAUAGCAGUCCACAGUCAAAAAACUUUAGUUCCACCCUGUCCUCAAGGCUGGCAAUCUCUUUGGGAAGGGUUUUCCUUUGUUAUGUAUACUGGUGCAGGUUCCGAAGCUUCUGGACAAGCUUUGGCAUCUCCAGGGUCAUGUUUAGAAAAAUUUCGUGCCCUUCCAUUCAUUGAAUGUCAUGGCCGAGGAACAUGUAAUUACUACUCAAAUUCCUACAGUUUCUGGUUGGCUACACUAAAUUCAAGAAGAAUGUUCAGGAAACCAGUGCCACAGACUCUAAAAGCUGGAAAUAUGGAAAAAAUAAUUAGUCGCUGUCAAGUCUGCAUGAGGAAACCCAACUGAGCAGAACUGUCAUCUGAAAAUGAAAUUCCAAUUUUGUUGCCCACAGGAAAAAAGCCUGAAACCAAACCAAAUGCUUUUAUGAACUUUUAAUAAUAUGAAUUACAACCGUACAAUAUUUGUACCAAAAAUUAGAAAAUCAGUGUUGUGCAAUAAUGAAAAGUGCAAUGUUUUUAUUGUUUUAUUUUGCUAAAAUAAACAAAAAUAUCAUCU